AUGGCGCGGAUCACGGCAGACAGCCACGUGAGGCCCGAGAGCAGCUUAUACUUCGCUCGAAAUUUCGCCCGCUAUGUCUACUGGAGGACCGUAGAAGCCGAAAUCAUUGUCCUUGACAAAGACACGAAGGAAUUCUCUCGUUCCUUGUUCCCGGAAGACAUGUGGUACUUCAGGCUCGAGGUUGUAGGCUGCGCCGGUGGCAAGGUGCGCAUUGCCCACCGGGGCGUCAGCCAGCUCAAGGUCUUCAUACAAGCAGAGGGCAGGGAUGAAUGGGUGCUGGAGAAAAGGGUCCAACUGCAGCAGUUGAUCCGUGAGGUUGAAGGUGACGAUGAGUUGAGCGUCGACAUGCUGAAGAAGAUGGCCUCGGUGGCGGAGGGGUCUGUUGUGUUGUGUACAGACAAAGGCGUGGGGCUCAUCUCCAUCGACCUCGACACCAUGGAGUGUAAGCGCUUUCACGACGAGAACAAGUACUACGGGCCAGAGUACAUGUACCAGCUGCCAUGGCCUCCCACGAUCCAAGCUUGCUUACCAUGA